UUUAUGUGUUGAUGUGGAAAAAUAAUAGAUGGUAAAAGGGGUGAUUACUGAUAACCUUUGUAUUAUUGGUGCAGCAUUCAAUACCUGACCCAUUUUGGGUCACCUUUUUUCAGAUUUCCUGCUUCACUCCUUCUCUACUGCCACAUGUAUAUAUAUUAUCCACCGUUUCCUUUUCCUCUCUCUCACUGUUCUAUUCUACUCUACCAUCAUUUAUAUUGUGUCAAGGUUUUUAGCAUUUAGUUACACUCAGAACAAUUUUAACUGCUCCCUUCCUCUGCAGUCUCUUUCUUUCCCCUAAAAAAUAUGGGCAGAACUCAAAUGUGUCUCUGCUGCCACCAAUAUAGACAAAUGAUCACAUGGCUCAUUCUCUUUGCUUCAACUUCUCUCUUCACCCACUUUGUUUUCAUGGCUGAAGGAAGAGCAAUUUCCAACCACAUUGAAGUUUCCCAGAAUGGAAUGGAAGAGAGGGAAUCAAUCAUGGUAGCAGGAAUUCAGAAUCAUAUAGGGUCAAGUCCACCAAAUUGUGAAAGAAGAUGCAGAACAUGUGGGCAUUGUGAGGCAGUUCAAGUCCCUGUUGCACCUCAAAUUCAAAACCAUAGAAGCCAUUUUCCUGCAGCAAGAGAAGCUGCAAGUCUUACUUACUCCAGAGGAGAUUCACUUUCCAACUACAAACCCAUUAGUUGGAAGUGCAAGUGUGGGGACUACAUUUUCAACCCAUGAU